CUAUACCCGGCUGUCUCCUCUUAUCCACGCGACCGUUCUCCCCCCUUUUCCCUCUCCUUUCCCUACACAUUUUUUUUUAUUCUUUCACCUAGUAAUUGUCAGUCACAUUCACCCCUUUUCAUUUUUUUAUCUUCCUUACAAACGUUUUAUGGCGGCAAAACUCCUCUAUAUUUUUUUUGCUCCCAGCUGCGCUUUAUCUUUAUUCUCUCCCCUUGUUUUUUUUGCCUUGGCCAAUCCUCAGCUUUUUAUUUUUAUUUUCUCGGGUCUAAAAUCAUAAUUCUAAUGCUACACCAGCUAACCACUGUUUUUGUGUGGUUGGCGUUUUUUGGAUUAAACGCCAAAAAUAAUUUUUUGACGUGUUCUUCUACUUAUUUUAUAUUAAUUUUUAUUGCCUGGGGGUAUCAGAAUUUUAAAAAAAUUUUCAGAAAAAAUUUCAGAAAAAUUUUUCAGAAUUUAUUGUCUUUGGCGUUUUAUAAAAAAAAUUUUUUGGCGCACACCCUUGAAAAGAUAAAUGUUUUUAUUUUUUGUUAUUUUGCCGCUGUCAUACCAACGAGAGUGAGUGAGUAAAUGGAAUGUUUUUAAGCUUUUGAUUUUUUUAUCUAACUACUUUACAUUAAAAAUAAGAUAAAUACCCCCUAUAAAGCUCUUAGAAGCACCAAAUUGACAUACUGUUUGUUUUUUUUAAUUUUAAAUAAGUGGUGAAAAGCAAAAACAAACCAUUUUUAAUGUUUGCUUGAUAAGAAGAUAAUAUUAUUUUUUUAAUAAAUAGUCUGUA